AUGGAAUCUGCAGAACUGUAUGCUUCGAACAUACAGGCGGCUCAGGAGGCCAAGGUUCCAGCAGUUAACAAGAUAACUACCGCGCCUUGGGGCCCAUGUUUUGGUUGUGGUGGUGACUAUUUACGCCGCGAGUGUAAACAUAAGGACGCGGUCUGCAGCUCCUGUGGCAGGUCAGGACACCUCAGUCGAGUGUGUCGCGCCUCUGACCGUGCUCGGCCCUCCAUCGUCCCUGCCAGGCGGAAGAACUACGCGAGGAGCAAGACCCCUCGCUCCACCUACGUGUUCAAGGACAAGGAAGACGGAACUUCAUCGGGUGCUAACAGCAGCGAGGAAAUUCAAGCAUAGACUCGCUACCUACACUGGAGAAAUAAUGAAGGUCUUGGGCUGCAUUGAAGUGGACGUUAAGUAUGAGAAUCAAAGAGCGU